CUGAUGAGGCUCGGGCCGAACCGGACGGACCUGAGCUGCCUGUGUGUGUGCGUGCGCGCGCGCUCCUGAAGGCCAAGCGAGGGCGGCAGCGAGACGCACGGCCGCAGAAGGAGCGGGGCAAGCCCAAUGAGUGGACUAGCUUUGCAACAUGCUGGAGCUACAGAGCCGCUAAAAGGAGUUUGCACGCAGCUGUCGGGGCCGGAUUGCAGCGCUCUCUUUCCUUAUGAAGAAGGCACAAACUUGGAUUAUCACUUGCUUUUAUCUUCAGCUGCUCCUAUUCAGUCCUCUUGUCAAAGCUCAAAAUCCCUGCGGGAAUCCUGUGACAGAUAAUGUGAAUGACAUUGAAAAACUGGUUGGUAAUCUUCCAAAUGAUUAUAGGAUAACCCUUAAAUAUGUCAAGAAGAUGGACAGUCUGCCCAAUCAUUGUUGGUUGCAUUUGAUGGUCCCUGAACUGAAAAAGAGUCUGAAUAAUCUUCUCCAAAAAUUUAAAAAAAUUUCAGAUAUGUCAGAUGUUUUAAGUAAUUAUUCAAUCAUCAAUAAUCUCACAAGGAUCAUCAAUGAUAUAAUGGCAUGUCUGUCUCCUAAAAAUAAGAAUUUUAGAAAACAAAGUGAUUUUCUUUAUAAAGAAGAUCGCCUCUUCCCAGAAGACUUCUUUGAGCAUUUUUAUAACACCAUUGAAGUCUACAAAGCCAUUGCAAAUAAACCAGAAGAAAAUGAGUGUGUUCUGCUUUCAACCACAGAAAUACCCCAAAAUGAGUCAAGAGUCACCAAGCCAUUUUCAUUGCUUCCUGUUGCUGCUAGCUCCCUUAGGAAUGAGAGCAGUCGUGAUAACAGCAACAAGGAGGCACUGGGCUUGUUGAGCAGCUCCAGUUUACAAGGAAUUAGUAUAGCACUGACAUCACUGGUGACCCUUUUUGUUGGUUUUAUUUUGGGAGCUCUAUGCUGGAAGAGAACAACCCGCAGACACAUACUAGAGAGUGACCGGACUGCACAGUCUGAUGUCUGCCAAGAGGAUAACGAGAUAAGUAUGCUGCAGCAGAAAGAAAAGUCGCUUCUACAAGUGUAGCUGUUGUUUUUAUUAUACACUGUUACUGUUUCAUGUCUGGGCAGCUAACAGUUCCAUGUUUGCUUCAUAAAUGAAGCAGCUUUAAGCAUAUUUGUAUUCCUUCUGGAGUGACAGACUGAGUCUGCACCUGCUGUUGUUGUUACCGUGACUCCAUAUUGAGAAUAUAGAGCUGUGGACAAAGAGUGUGCUGCUGUGAAACCAAUGAGAGUGCACCAAGAUGGACUGUAUUUUAUAUGAAGAUAAGGAUGGUUGCUUUGCAUCUUGGAAUUGCUGUGGAUUUUAACAAUUCAGUAAAUACAUGAAUAAACAAAUCUGGAUUUAUGUGAUCCAACACCAAAAGUCCAAAGGAAGUUUCAUUUUAUGGAAAUUCUGAGUAGAAGGAAAAUACUGAAAUGGAUGAGAAUAAUAUAAUCUUCAGUACUGUACAUAAGACUCUCAAAUAAUGUUAUGCAAUGGACUAACAUGCUAGAUUUUUUAUAUCUGGAGAACUGGGUUGCAUUGAGGGAUGGCCACAUAAGAUUGCUUUAUCUCUUGAGGAGCAAGAGAGAAUGCAUUGAAUUUCAUAGAAAGUGAUUUAUAAACUUGGCCAAAACUAUUAGAGACCAAUCAAGAGGCAUAAUAAACAUUAGAUCACUGGAACAAUUGCAAACAUGGGGCUAUUGCAAUAACAUGAAAUAUUGACUGCUGGGAUGUCGGGAGACUCCCUUUAAAGUUCCAGUGAGAGAAUAGAGAAAGAAUAAUAGUCAACAUCUGGAACAGAAAAUUACCAUGAUGCUUAUUCAAAAUGCUUAUGGAUUCUUGGCAUUUACAAAAAAAAAAGGUAUCAAGGUAUAGUUUAGCUUUUCCUGUAUGUCAUAAAAUAUGCACAAAAAAAAUUAAAAGUAAUACACAUUUCAUCACUUAGUAUUCUCCAUUAUUUAUGAUUAGUUCAGCUCAAAUAAAAAUGAAAAGCUUUCUUCUGAA